GCUUGACCCCGCCGGAGGGGAAGAGGAGGUGGUGCCUUGCUCUUCCCUUCACCUGGGCUCCUGCUGCUGCGCCUCUAGCGUGCCGGUGGCUUUGGAUCCCUCGCGGUUCUGGCCACUGGCUAAAAGAAUGGAAGUCUUUCAACCAAAAGGCCAGUAACAGUCUGGUUGGGAGGCCAUGUUAAAUAAGACCUUCGGAACUGAGACAUGGCUGUUGGGAAAAAAAUGUGUUAUGUGUAAACUGAACUGAACUGAAAUUCAGAAAGGACUCUUGGAAUAUAAGCUCAUUGAGGGAACAAUAUGAUAGUUCUUCACAGUGAGAGUUUCUAAGAUGUGAUCUCAGCUGAAAGAUCAUUUAUGAACAAGUUAAAGAGCACUAGUCCCAGAACAGAUCCCUGGGGGACUCCACUGCUUACUUCUCUCCAUUGUGCAAACUAAAGAAGUUUGCAGUACACCAAAUAGAAUUUUAUCUACCCAGAUAAGCACUCCUCAGUCUUUUAAAAACUAUAAUGGCAAAACCAUAUGAAUUUAACUGGCAGAAGCCAGUUCCAACCUUUCUACAAGAUGGAGCUGUGUUUGAUAGAUAUGAAGAGGAGUCUUUUGUCUUUGAACCAAACUGUCUCUUUAAAGUGGAUGAAUUUGGCUUUUUUCUAACAUGGAAAAGUGAAGGCAAGGAAGGGCAAGUUUUAGAAUGCUCCUUGAUCAACAGUAUUCGCUUUGGAGCAGUACCAAAGGAUCCAAAAAUAUUAGCUGCUCUUGAGGCUGUUGGCAAAGCAGAAAAUGACCUGGAAGGAUGUAUAGUGUGUGUCUGCAGUGGCACAGAUCUGGUGAACAUCAGCUUUACGUACAUGGUAGCGGAAAGUGCAGAAGAAGCUAAGCAAUGGGUUGAUGGACUCAGAUCAAUUAUACGUAACUUUAGAGCUAAUAAUGUCUGUCCCAUGACAUGCCUCAAGAAACACUGGAUGAAACUGGCGUUUCUGACUAACACCAAUGGCAAGAUUCCAGUCAGGAGCAUAACAAGAACUUUUGCAUCAGGUAAAACUGAAAAGGUGAUCUUUCAGGCACUUAAAGAAUUGGGUCUUCCCAGUGGAAAGAAUGAUGAAAUAGAACCUUCAGCUUUUACUUAUGAAAAAUUUUAUGAACUGACACAGAAGAUUUGUCCUCGUACUGAUAUAGAGGAUCUUUUUAGGAAGAUCAAUGGAGACAAAACUGAUUAUUUAACGGUAGACCAAUUAGUGAGCUUUCUAAAUGAACAUCAACGAGAUCCUCGGUUGAACGAGAUCUUAUUUCCAUUCUAUGAUCCUAAAAGAGCAAUGCAGAUAAUUGAGACAUAUGAGCCAGAUGAUGAUUUAAAAAACAAAGGUCUCAUGUCAAGUGAUGGAUUUUGUCGGUACUUGAUGUCAGAUGAGAAUGCACCCGUAUUUUUAGACCGUUUAGAAUUAUACCAAGAAAUGGAGCAUCCUUUGGCUCACUACUUCAUUAGCUCCUCCCACAAUACAUAUCUCACAGGAAGACAGUUUGGUGGAAAGUCAUCGGUGGAGAUGUAUAGACAAGUCCUCUUAGCUGGAUGCAGGUGUGUCGAACUUGAUUGCUGGGAUGGAAAAGGUGAAGACCAAGAACCAAUAAUUACACAUGGAAAGGCAAUGUGUACAGACAUUCUUUUCAAGGAUGUGAUUCAAGCCAUUAGGGAAACUGCAUUUGUAACAUCUGAGUAUCCUGUCAUCCUGUCAUUUGAAAAUCACUGCAGCAAAUAUCAACAAUAUAAAAUGUCAAAAUACUGUGAAGAUAUUUUUGGAGAUCUUCUAUUAAAGCAACCCCUAGAAACAUAUCCACUCGAGCCAGGAAGACCCUUGCCUUCCCCAAAUGACCUUAAAAGAAAGAUCCUUAUUAAAAACAAAAGGUUGAAACCAGAAGUGGAAAAAAAACAGCUUGAAACCUUGAAAAGUAUGAUGGAAGCUGGUGAAACUGCUGCUCCUGUUAGCAUCUUGGAAGAUGAUACUGAAGAAGAGAUAGAAAGUGCUGACCAAGAAGAAGAAGCCCAUCCAGAGUACAAAUUUGGAAGUGAGCUUUCUGCAGAUGACUUGAGCCAAAAAGAAUCUGUAGCCAACAAUGUGAAAAAGGCUGUGGACGAUUCUGAACAAGAAAACAAUAAAAAGGGUGUAAUAACUGCAGAAGAUGAGCAAGCGUGGAUGGCUUCUUACAAAUAUGUAGGUGCCACGACUAAUAUACACCCAUACUUAUCAACAUUGAUCAACUAUGCUCAGCCUGUUAAGUUUCAAGGUUUCCAUGUAGCGGAAGAACGCAAUAUUCACUACAAUAUGUCCUCUUUUAAUGAGUCUGUUGGGCUUGGUUAUUUGAAAACACAUGCAAUUGAGUUUGUCAACUAUAAUAAACGGCAAAUGAGUCGGAUAUACCCAAAGGGAGGCAGAGUGGAUUCCAGCAAUUACAUGCCUCAAAUUUUCUGGAACGCUGGAUGCCAGAUGGUCUCACUCAACUAUCAGACCCCAGAUCUAGCAAUGCAAUUGAAUCAGGGAAAAUUUGAAUAUAAUGGAUCAUGCGGGUUUCUUCUUAAACCAGAUUUUAUGAGGCGACCUGAUCGAACAUUUGAUCCUUUCUCUGAAACUCCUGUAGAUGGUGUUAUUGCAGCAACGUGUUCAGUACAGGUAAUAUCCGGUCAGUUUUUAUCAGACAAAAAAAUUGGUACAUACGUAGAAGUGGAUAUGUAUGGCCUGCCUACUGACACGAUACGCAAAGAAUUCCGAACACGGAUGGUGAUGAACAAUGGCCUGAAUCCUGUUUACAAUGAAGAGUCAUUUGUGUUCCGAAAGGUCAUUCUUCCAGACCUUGCAGUCUUGAGGAUAGCGGUUUAUGAUGACAACAACAAACUCAUUGGCCAAAGGAUACUGCCUCUAGAUGGCCUUCAAGCAGGUUACAGACACAUUUCUCUUCGAAAUGAAGGCAACAAACCAUUAUCUCUGCCAACAGUCUUCUGCAACAUUGUACUCAAAACAUAUGUGCCUGAUGGCUUUGGAGACAUUGUGGAUGCCUUGUCAGAUCCAAAGAAAUUUUUAUCUGUCAUGGAGAAAAGAGCAGACCAGAUGAGAGCUAUGGGAAUUGAAACGAGUGAUAUUGCUGAUGUUCCAAAUGACACUUCAAAGAAUGAAAAAAAAGGCAAAGCAAACAAUCCCAAAGCAAAUGUUACUCCUCAGACUAGUGCUGAACUUAGACCAAAUACCACUUCUGGUGUGGGACCUGGAAUGGAAGCUAAGAAAGGUAUAGACCUCAUUCCUCAAGUGAAGAUAGAGGACUUAAAGCAAAUGAAGGCAUACGUCAAGCAUUUGAAAAAACAGCAAAAAGAGCUGAGCGCUUUAAAGAAGAGGCAUGCAAAGGAAUAUAGUGUUAUGCAAAAGCUGCACUGCACACAAGUUGACAAAUUAGUAGCACAAUAUGACAAAGAGAAGCUGGCUUAUGAGAAAAUCCUUGAAAAGGCAAUCAAGAAAAAAGGAGGAAAUAAUUGCCUUGAAAUGAAAAAAGAAAUUGAAAAUAAAAUCCAGAUACUAACAUCAGAUCACAAAUCUAAGGUAAAAGAAAUGGUAGCACAGCACACAAAAGAGUGGUCUGAAAUGAUUAAUACACAUAGUGCCGAAGAGCAAGAAAUGCGUGACUUGCACCUGAGCCAGCAAUGCGAGUUACUGAAGAAGCUCCUAAUUAAUGCUCAUGAACAGCAGACCCAGCAACUAAAGCUUUCUCAUGAUAGAGAAAGUAAAGAAAUGCGUGCCAACCAAGCAAAAAUUUCUAUGGAAAACAGUAAAGCCAUAAGCCAAGAUAAAUCUAUCAAAAAUAAAGCUGAGAGAGAGAGGCGUGUCAGGGAACUGAACAGCAGCAACACAAAAAAAUUUCUGGAAGAGAGAAAACGGCUGGCAAUGAAGCAAUCAAAGGAAAUGGAUCAGCUGAAAAAGGUUCAACUUGAGCAUCUAGAAAUCCUGGAGAAGCAGAAUGAACAGCUUUUGAAAUCUUGUCAUGCCGUCUCACAAACUCAAGGCGAAGGAGAUGCAGCAGAUGGUGAAGCUAGAAGCAGAGAUGGACCGCAGGCCAGCCACAGUGGUGUAAAGCUCCAACAUGCAAACUGAAGUCACAAAGUCCAGUAUUUUUGUAUUUCCAAAGCUGACUCACUGAGGAUUAGGAGGCGGUGUCUCUUCAGCUUAGUGUCAAGUGUAGCUGCAGAUCACUGACUAAGAGCUUGGAGUUAUUUGUAACAUCUGGAGUACUGUCUUUCAUUUUAUUUUUGCCACAGUAGAUCAUGCUUCUCAAAAAAGGAAGAUGAUUUUAAAAUCCUGUCUAGUUCAGAAAAAUGCUGCCCUUUCAAUGAGAUGUCUGACUGUGUUGUGAAUACAGGAUCAGAGCAGUCUAAUCUAGCAACACGCUCUUUCUUGCUCUCAGAGAAUUUGCACUUGUCUGUUGUUAACUUGUACUGGUAUUUUAUAUGAUACAUUGCCUGGGCCUCCUGGGCUUUUGAGAGCCAGCCAGGCGUCCUGUAACUUCCCCCAACCACUCAGCACCCUGUAGCAACGUGUUUUUAUGAGGGACACUAUUUUUUAAAUGUAGUUUGUAAUGAAUUUGACACCAUAAACAUCUAUCUAGGAGGAAGUAAUCUUAAUCUGUUUUGUCGCAAAGGCAACCUGGAACUGUAGCAAAGGUGUUGAAAAUUCAAUUGACCUAUUGGGAAACCACCAUCAAUAAAACCAACAGAGUAGAUAAACAUGCAGUAUGGAAACUUUGCAGGUGAUGUCUGUAUUCAGACAUAGCAAGUGUCAUAUUGGGUUGGUCUUGUCUGGAUGAAGCUGAUGGUGUGGAAGAUGCUGCUGAAAAGGGUUGCCAGGGUGGCAAAUGGCUGUCCGUGUGCCAAAUUUCCUCAGUUUGAUUAAAAAGUAAAGAACUUUAUUGCAGGCACUUUAACAAACGUUUACAUCCUAUUCAGUAAUGGCAUUUUGAUCUACUUGUUACCAGUCCCAAAUACCGCAGCUCAUCGUAUCUUAAAUUUGUUAAAUAGCUGUUGGGGGAGAAAAAGUUUGUAACUGUGAAAAUGUAAAGUAUUUAUACACAUGCAAUCACAAUAUUGUAGAAGAUCACAUACCUGUGGCUACAUUGAUAACAGUAGUAAACCAAAUUCUAUUUGCAUGUGGUACAAACACCAAUUUUGACUUCAGUGAAUAUUGUAUGACCUCACAGUCAUUCUCUAACUGGUAAAUACAGAGUCAAUGUAUGAUACAGAAUAUUUGAUUAAUUAACAAAGCAUAAGUAUAUAUAUAUGUGUGUAUAUGAAUUAUGUGGGCAUUCUUAAUACUAGUUGAAAAGGAAAGUAUGUUAAUUUAAUUUUACACAAUAUAUUUAUGCAGAUUUUCAGACUUUCAUAUCAGGAAUAACCCUUUUUAUGUCUAUUAGAUAUCAAAAAAUUUGCUACAGUAUUAAUGUGCAUGUCCUUAACGCCUGCUGUAGUGAAAAUGCAGAACAAUGCAUGUCAGCCUUCUGCUUGGCAUCGCCCAUGCUACCAACAUAAAGGAAAAACUGGUAGUUUAGAACAAAUCAGAUGACUGAUUUCAAUAACACUCAGUACCAAUCAUGUUGUUGUAUAUGCUUGUACAAACUGAUUCUACAUAUUCCUAUAAAUGACAUGAAUAUAUAAUUAUGUAACAAUCCCAAGACCUAACUUUCAAGUUAUCUAAUAAAAAAUGCAAAUGAAGUACCAAA